AUGUUGGUCUCCUCCUUUUUGGAACAGGUUGAGAAGUACGAAAAAAACAAAGACAACUGCACUGCAGGAGUGGCUGUUAAUCUAGGACCAGGGGUGGUCAAACACGGUAUUCAGAGGUUCAAAAAACAGGCCUUAGUAGCGGUAAAUAGAGCAAAUUUGCUCACUCGGAUAUGGAUGCAGUACGAUAAAGAGCCAGAGAUUCUCCGGUCGGAAUACCUGUUUUAUUCUCUUGUACGUAAUAUGGUUGAGGGUGACCCAGAUAUAUUCGCCGCGGGGAAUUGCUACGAUAAGUACGAGUUUAAGGAUUACCACCUAUUUUGUCCUUUCUCUUAUCGCUUACGGGACGGCAGGAUUAUUGUGAAGGAUUUAUCCUUGGAAUAUCAAUAUUUGGACAGUACAUCAGAGUUCUUCUUCCGUGCAAGAGAGAAGGCUUACACCAUUGAGGAAAAAAUGAAACAAGGGAACUUUUCGUAUCUCAAAGGAAUUACAAAAUGGCGAUAUAACGGAACUGCCCACUACCCGGAGGAAGAAGACAUGAUUGUGACGGUGUCUUACGAGGACGGUCACUGGGGCAAGCCUUACUUCGACUGUGGUGGGGGCGAUAUCUGGAUGAUGACGUACACGAUUCCUUUCUUCGCAUUCCGCAACGGAACAUUUUAUUUCAAAGGAACCAGUGGAAUUGAUAUCGACUUACAGAAGGUUGAUAUUGACCAAUGUCCGCUUCCUGAAGGGUCCAGUGAGCCUAAUGUUUUUGCUGACUCAGCACGAUGCAAGAAGGCAACCACACGGUGUGAACUGAUCGCUGGUCUGGGGUUCCGUCGAGGCUCCUACAGAUGUGUGUGCAAAGACUCGUUUUACUUCCCAGAUGAGGAGGCCGUGCACAAGUACUAUAAUGGGACGGAAAUAGAAAACGAGUACGAGAAGUGGAUGAGGGGCGAUUCAAAUCAGUACGAGGUAGAGGGAAGCUUUGAGUGUCUACCAUGUGCCCCUGGGUGUGAGACUUGUACAGACCCACGCCCGUGUAUCCUCGACCUGGAUUGGGUGUUACGAAGCUCUCUGCUGGGCGUCUCCGUGCUGAUUAUGUGCUGGAUCCCCAUGCUGGUCUGGUUCACCGUUCACUACAGAGACGUCAAGGUCUUGAAGGCUGCCAGUCCAGUUCUGUUGAGGAUUAUAUUGCUGGGAGCCUUGUUCCUGUAUACACCGUUGAUAGUGAGCUACUUCCAAGCCAGUGUGCCAAUUUGCUGCAUGCGGGUUUGGUUCAGAGAAAUUGGAUUUGCUAUCUCUUACGGCGCUUUGUUGCUCAAAACAUGGAGGAUAUCCGUGGUAUUCCGUGUGCGGUCAGCUCAGAGAGUAAAAAUAUCCGAUUAUGAUCUCAUUAAAAGAUUAAUCAUCGUUGUCCUGCUAUUCGCCGGAUUCCUCACCGCCAGAAUGGUCGCCGGCCGGCCCAAAGUUGUAGAAGGAAAACACACUAGCGGACUGAAAACAUUUCAGUGUUCGUCCGAUUGGUGGGAUCAUUCUGCUGCCAUAGUUGAGUUGUUGUUCCUGUUGUGGGGAGUCCGGCUGUGUAUUGUUGUGAGAAAAGCGCCUUCCGAAUUCAAUGAAAGCCGGUUUAUCAGUUGGGCAAUAUACAACGAAACAGUUCUGGCCAUUUUCUUAAAUGUUUCCAUGGUAUUCCUUCAGCAUCCAUUUCCCUCCAAUCCAGACCUACUGUAUGUUGUUCAGUUUAUACACACCCAGCUGACCACUGGGGUCACAUUAGCUUUUCUCUUCGGGAGUAAGGCGUAUAUAGUAUUUAAAUACAGGGGCCGUGAGCAGCCCACCCAUACCACCAUGGUGAGCAGUCGAGGCUCACGCCAUAAAUACUCACCCACUGUCCUGACCACCGUGACGAACAGUGGCAACCAGGCGACCGUGGGAGACAGGGUGGACUCGCCGCCAGAGUACGACUCUGUUAUGGAGAAAGAUGUGCAAACUAUUAUACAGGAGGAGUUUCGUCGUUUGUAUACGCAGCUCGAAGUGUUAAAACAACGAAAUAUGAAAAUAGGCAAUCCCCAUCUGCAGCAUAAACUAUCCGCUAUGACAGAAGCGGCAAGAGAUGAUUUACCGGACUCCGCUCCCUCCUCCCCAAACCUUAAUGGCAAACGUGUAGUCAUCAAUUUAGACAAUUUUCACGAGGCCACCAGCGUAUAA